AUAUCAAUCGUCUUGAAGGCGUGAGUGGACUCCGAUACGGAAGGAGCGAGCGAGCUGAUCCUAAGAUGGCCGCCAUGGCGUUUCCUUCUACCUCUCUAAUGGCAUCCACGCCUCGGGUCCUGAGGAAACCCUCCUCCCCCGCCUCCUCCAGCUCCCUGUUCCUCGUCUCCGGCGGAGGGAGGGCGGCCCGCGCCCCCCUUCUUCGGCGGCAGCACGGGGGCGGCGCCCUCGGGUGCCGCUGCUUGUUCGGACUCGGGGUCCCCGAGCUCGUCGUGAUCGCCGGAGUCGCGGCGCUCGUCUUCGGCCCGAAGAAGCUCCCCGAGAUCGGGCGGAGCUUCGGUAAAACCAUCAAGAGCUUUCAACAGGCCGCAAAAGAAUUCGAAACCGAGUUGAAGAAGGAUCCUGAAGACUCAAGUAAUCCGCCUUUGGUGGAAAGCCCCAAAGCAGUUAGCAGUGAAGAUGACAAGAAGGAGCUUGAAACCUCAGGCACCAAGGACAGUACAUAAUGAGCUGUUGACAAAGACCAUUCUUGUUCCAAUGCUGUAUCAUUAAGUAGUAACGGGGUUCUUCUCUUAUGCAACAGACAUGGGACAGUAAGAUUUAGCCAAAAUUACUUGCUGCAUUUCUUGUGCUUCACUAGCUGCUUAUAUUCCUGCAAUAUUAUGAGUGCCUAGUGAUGUAUUGCUAUUCUGUUA